AAGAUAUCCUCCUCCACCUUCUAAUCAUUUUCUAUCCCACAUUCUCCCACAGUUAAAAACACAAAGACCCAUCUAUCUAUCCAUCUGCUGUCCAAAACAAUCCAAGACUGCAGACACACACACUCUCUCUCUCUCUUCUCUUUCUCUUUCUCUCUCCGAAAGUUAAGUUUAUUGAUGUGGGUCUUUGCAGGUUAAAUGGAUACCUUGUUUAGGUUAGUCAGUCUCCAAUCUGAUCACCAACAAUCUUUCAACAACUCAACCACCAGCAAAACCUCAACACCUACAACAACCACCACUACUUCCAGCAGCUCCAGAUCCUCCUUCCUUAGUAAUCCUCCUCACCCUAAUUACCCCCACCAAAACGACGACGCUGGAGAAGAAUGCUUCAACUUUUUCAUGGAUGAAGAAGACUUCUCCUCGUCUUCUUCCAAACACUACUUCCCAUCGAACCACCCAACCCCUCCCACCCCAAACCCUCUCCCCACCGCCACCACCACUCCCACCCCCGCCGAUUUUUCCUUCUCCCCCUCCCUCGUCAACUUCGAGCUCUCCAACGGAAAGUGGGCCCCUGAAAUCCUCUUGGAGACCGCCAGAGCCAUCGCUGACAAGAACAGCUCCCGCGUCCAGCAGCUCAUGUGGAUGCUUAACGAGCUCGGCAGUCCAUACGGCGACACUGACCAGAAACUCGCCUCCUAUUUCCUACAAGCCUUGUUCAGCCGCAUGACCGACUCCGGCGACCGCUGCUACCGAACCCUAAUCUCCGCCUCGGAGAAAACGUGUUCCUUCGAGUCCACAAGAAAAAUGGUGCUCAAGUUUCAGGAGGUCAGCCCUUGGACCACUUUCGGACAUGUGGCGUGUAAUGGCGCGAUCAUGGAGGCCUUUGAUGGUGAGCCCAAGCUUCACAUAAUCGACAUCAGCAACACUUACUGCACCCAGUGGCCGACUCUGCUCGAGGCGCUGGCCACUCGUACUGAUGAGACGCCGCACUUGCGUCUCACCACUGUUGUGGCUAACAGAGCCAACGACGGUUCUGGCGGCGCAGCCGCGCAGAAAGUAAUGAAGGAAAUUGGCGCCAGGAUGGAAAAGUUUGCCCGGUUGAUGGGGGUGCCUUUCAAAUUCAACGCCGUCCAUCACUCCGGCGAUCUUUCCGAGCUGAAUUUAUCAGAGUUGGAUAUCAGAGACGAUGAGGCCUUGGCAAUCAACUGCAUCGGCACUCUACAUUCCGUUCAGUCAGUCGGAAAUCGCCGCGAUUAUCUUGUUUCGGCGUUUCGGAGCUUGAGGCCGAGGAUCAUUACUCUCGUUGAGGAAGAGGCUGAUCUCGACGUUGGGGUUGACGGGUUUGACUUCGUUCAUGGGUUUCAAGAGUGCUUGAGAUGGUUUAGGGUUUACUUCGAGGCAUUGGACGAGAGCUUUUCCAGGACCAGCAACGAGCGGUUGAUGCUCGAGCGGGCCGCCGGGCGAGCUGUGGUGGAUUUGGUGGCCUGCGCGCCUUCGGAGUCGGUGGAGCGGCGCGAGACCGCCACCCGCUGGUCGAGGCGUAUGCAUGUGGCGGGGUUUAGUCCCGCGAUGUUCAGUGAUGAGGUGUGCGAUGACGUACGCGCCUUGUUGAGGAGGUAUAAGGAGGGUUGGGCAAUGACACAGUGCACGGAUUCCAUCGCCGGAAUAUUCUUGUCGUGGAAGGAUCAGCCGGUGGUUUGGGCUAGUGCUUGGAGGCCUUGAUACGGUGGUUGUUGAUCAUAUAUUUCACACGUGUUUUGGUUUUUUCUCGCACGUGCAUGGAAUGAGUGUACUUGUGUUUGCAAAAGGAGAGAGGGAGAUAAUAGUGCUUUGGUUUGAAUAGAGUUAAGUAAAUUAAUUUAAUUUUCA